CCGAACUGGGGUCGCAGAGUUCUGGACUGUCAUUUUGAUAGCCAGGUUGGGAGACGGCUGGAAGAUGAUUGCCGGGUCUGGUGGUGAUCCUGACAAAUCUGAGCAAUCUGGACAAUCUGGGUGGCAAGGGCAUCGGCGACGAUCUUUCAGCUGAGAGCAAUGAAGUCGAUCAGUAUGCGAUAAUUGGUCGAUCAGAGGCAUUGGCGCCAGCGGCUGAAAGUGUUCACAAUGCCUCAAUCAAUCUAGGGCGAUGCCAUGCGUCCAUGUGAUGCUAUCGCCUUGGCCGAAUCAUGAACCGUCUCAGUGCAAGAUGGUUAUCAUAAAUUCAGCAGUUUCCCCUUCACAAAAUCGAUACAACACACGCACCAUCUUUCUAUUCAUUGUCAAUUAGCUUAUAAACGCAGCAACAAGUACCUUGUCAACAUGGUCUGGGGAUCCGUCAGUCAAGUUCUCGUGGUGGAUAAGCUCCCACCGGGGCUCAAAAUGUACAUCACAAACGUCCACUUUGACGUUCCUGAAGGCAACAACCAAUGGUGGCCCACUUUCGCCGGCAUUACGAAAAGAUCAAGUGAAGAAGAGAGGAAGAAAUGCCUACCCUUUGAGGCCGGCCCAUCAAUCAACGGUGGGCGAAUAGGCGAAAUUGGCCUCACAUCGCUCAGCAACUUUGACUCUGGCGAAGGCCCCAGCGCGCGUAUAGACUUCAUCAUAUGCGGCGAAACCACGCUCAACGGCAAACUCACCCCUGUCGGCCAAAAGGGAACCAUCACCAUAUCCACGCCCCCAUGGGGUGGUUUCUGGUCCUUUUAUAGCAACCCUGACAAGAUCGAGUUGGCGUAUAACCUCGUGGAUUCCGCCACCAAAAACCACACUGUUGAUAUCUCGCGCUCUGGACAUACACUCGACCUCAACUGGUCUUUGGACGUCGAUAAGACGGGCACCCAGCUCGUUAUGAGGGUUGCCCCUAAGGAGAGCCUGGCUUUUGACGUUGCCAAUUUGUUGCUGGGCGGUGUUUCAUAUGCCCACGAAGCAGCGUACGGAUGGGUCUUUGGCGCAUUGGGAGGAUGGCCUGCUGCUGUUGGGUUAGUAGGAGGAGAGGAAAUUAAAAAGAUGAUUUGGCGCGAUUAAAUUUUGUAUAUCCCCUUUUUUGUUGGCAUUUUGGGCUUUGGAUUUUGGAAUAGUUGAUACCGAUAGGAAAAAUUUGAGCUAGAAUCUCAACAAGGGCCG